CACCGCAGAACCCCCCGGCCGCAACCCACUCAAAGGCCAGACCUCGCCGGCCGCUUUUACGAGUGUCAUUCCAGGUCUACCGGUUCAUUUAGUUUUCGACAGAAAGGCGGAGCCGCCACCUUCGGAUUUUACGACCCUUGCCGACUGUACUAGGUGUGGCUCGAUCACCCUUAUACACCGGGCUUGGUACAUCUCACUGCACACGGCCAUUGGUUGACUUCUUCUUCCAUCCUCUCUCACCAAUCACCCGUUCCCAAUCGAGGUGCAUGUGGCCAUUGCUGUUGCGUUCGUGACUUUAUUUGGUCGAAGCCUCAAAAGGCUCUCAGCCCUUUCAACAAUGAAGUUCGGCAAGCACAUUCAAAAGCGCCAACUCGAAGUGCCCGAGUAUGCUGCCAGCUUCGUCAAUUACAAGGCGCUCAAAAAGCUGAUCAAGAAGCUCUCGGCAACCCCUGUGCUCGCUACACAAAAUGAUGCGGCACAACGCGGCGGUGCAGGGCCUCUCGACUCGCAGGCCGCUCUUCAGGCGAACAAGGCGACCUUCUUCUUCCAGUUGGAAAGAGAGCUUGAGAAGGUCAAUGCAUUCUAUCUCCAAAAAGAGGCCGAGCUCAAAGUCCGUCUCAAGACCCUCCUCGACAAGAAGAAGGUUCUGCAGUCCCGUCAUGGCAUCUCCAGGCGGUCUGCCAAAUUCACCACCCUCCAAGAGGGCUUCCAGCAGUUUGCCAAUGACUUGAACAAGCUGCAGCAGUUUGUCGAGAUCAACGGCACAGCCUUCUCCAAGAUCCUCAAGAAGUGGGACAAGACGUCAAAAUCUAAGACCAAGGAGCUGUAUCUCUCCCGCGCGGUCGAGGUGCAACCCUUCUUCAACGCGACCGUCAUCAGCGAGCUGUCGGACCAGGCGACUACAAGUCUGCAGGAGCUCGGUGCUUGGGCCGACGGUGAUAAUGUCACCUUCGAUGCCCGUCCAGAACACGUCGUCAGUAGCCAGCAUCUGCCGGGCACCGACGAAGGGGAUGCCGACACCCUACUUCUCGAUAUGGUCCUCUCCGGAAAUCUCGACGGGCUCAGGGAUUUGGUGGGACGUACGAGGGCUGCGGUGGAACCGGAAAACGCCGUUGUCAACUCGCUCUUGAUGGAGCGUUUCACCAGGACUUUCCUGGGCGCAAUCAGCGGAGGGCCCGCCGAGGCGCUACAGGUCCUGCUGGAGACGGGUUUGGUGGAUGUUCAGUCUGAAGACGACAUCAACGAACGGAACUGUCUGCAUCAGGCGGCCAUUUACGGGAACUCGUUUGUGCUCGAGUAUGGGCUGUCAAAGGGGGUUGCUGUCGAUAGGACGGACGUGUACGGGCGAAUCCCCCUGCACUAUGCGAGCAUGCAUGGCCGGCUGGACAUGAUCGAUACAUUAUUAUCAGUCGCACCCCAGACCAUCAACCUCAUCGACCAUGACAACUACACCCCCCUAAUCCACUGCAUUGUUCACAAGCACCUCGACUGCGUGCGCAGGCUGCUAGAACGGUCUGCCCGCCUCGAUCCUGUGUCCGACACCGACCACGUGCCGCUCAACCUUGCUUGCGAGCACGGGUCCCUGGCUAUUGCGGAACUGCUCCUGCAGCAUGGUGCCAAGAUCCUGCCCGACGCCGAAGGGCUCUACCCGCAACACCUGGUGGCCAGGUCGGGCCAGACGCCAGAGUUGCUUCUCUUGCUCAAGAACUAUGGAGCGGAUCUGGACCAAAUAGACAAGCUCUACGGGUGGACGCCACUUGUUCAUGCGGCGAGCGAAGGGAAUGUCCCGUGUCUCCAGGCUCUACUUGACGUUGGCGCAGACCCCAGCAUCCUGGACGAGAAAGAGCUUCCAGCCAUGUACUACGCAGCUUGGGAGGGCCAUCUGGAGUGCAUGAAGCUGCUCACCCCGUCUAACCUGAGCAAGAAACCCGGUGCGCUGGAGGCGCAGAUAGCCGGGGCGCUAGGGCCCAUGGCGAGUAGUAGCGCCCCUAUGCCCAUGUCGAUAGACACAGACGCGAUCCCGGUGCUCGAGCUCCCCCCGCCCAUCAUCCCGCUUCGGCGCUACGGCCAUAACUUCCUCGAUACGAAGACGGUUGUGCAGAUCAGUUUCGGAGGCAGCGGGGAGGCGCCGCUUAUAUUCUUCCACGACAGCAAGUAUCCUGCCGCGCGACUCACCAUCUCGUCCAAGGUCUCAGACGUCAUCCCUAAGAACAUCAUGCUUCCCUUCCACGAGGAUACGCGGCUCGUCUCGUUCCAGGUCGACAGUUUCGAUUGCUUCACUCUUGACUUUGAUGUCUUCCCGGCCUAUGGCGCGAAGGUGAUCGCCAAGACCGUGGCGCUGCCCAACACCUUCCGCGCGCUGCUUAAUAGCAACACCGGCGACUGUUGUUUGCCACUGUUCGAUCCGCGGUUGCGCGCCAUUGGGCAGCUCACCUUCCACGCGCAGGUCAUCAAGCCAUUCCAGGGUAAGCCGCUGGAGAUCACCGACUUCGAGACGUACUGGAAGGCGACAAGCCAGGUGGAUGCCGCCACCAUGACACCGGCUAUGAGCAGCAGCACUUUUGUUACCGGCUCCAGCUUAUCGGGCGACUUCGUCCGCAUCUACGUCCAGCACACGGGCGACGGCGUUCCAGUGCUCUGGCCGCAGUGGACCGUCAGCUGCGGUGGCAUCGACUUGCCCGUAUCACGCUUGACUCUAGCCCAAUUCCGCACCGCCACCGGCAACGGACCCCCUUCUCCCCUUCCCGUCCAUGACAUCGCGGAGGUCCACCGCAUUCUCGCCACAUCAGGCAGCACCACCCUACACGACGCCCUCUCCCUCCUCCCGAGGGGCAUGCACGUAAACAUCCAGGUGCUCUACCCGACAGCUGAGGAGCGGGAGCGGCUAGCCCUGAAGGAGCUCGGUCUGAGCGCCGGUCUUAAUACUUACGUCGACGCCAUCCUCACCGUCGUAUUCGACCAUGCCCGCGCCCAGCGGGCCCAGGGCCAGGGACCGGAGGCGGUCCGGUCGGUCGUGUUCAGCUCAUACAACGAGAGCGUGUGCACGGCGCUGAACUGGAAGCAACCCAACUUCCCGGUAUUCUUGUGCAACGACCUAGGCAGGCAACCAUCACAGGAAGGACAGGACUGUGGGGUUGGUGGUGCACAGCACCCGGCAAGCUCGAUCAAGGAUGCGGUUAGGACGGCGCAGAGCAAUAAUUUCAUGGGGUUGAUAUGCUGUGAGCGGUUGCUAGACAUGGUGCCCGCGCUGGUGGAUGCCAUCAAAUCACACGGUUUGGCGCUCGUCGUCGACAAGUCCGGAGCGGGCCCGAAGGCACCCGAACCCAGCAACUCGUUGGCGGAUCCCUUCCCGCGCCUGCCGAAGGGGGUGGAUGGUGUUCUCAAGGGAAAUGGUGUGCUACGUUUCAACGAGUCGAUAGAUGUGUAAAGGGUCGGUCUGGAAUUAUAUGUGGGAUUACGUUGUCGGUCUUGCCUUUGAACAAAGAGGAUGCAUCGCAAAAGGAGGUAGUCUGCGGAUAACGGAAGCAGAGAAGGACAGCAAUAGCAAUGCUGCUACAUAGAACACCAGC